AUGGCUAGACCAGCAUACACCCAUCUGUGGAUAUUUAUCUGUUUUACAUUUGUCUGCAUCUAUGGAAGAGGUCAAGACCGGUUUCCUUUAUGUGAAGUUGAGCUGAAGGUCCGGCGAGGCACAACACGGAAAACUGUCCCACAACAACGUCUGACAGUCAGAUGUCCUGUCAAACACUGUGGAGAAUCAAUCAGUGUCACCUGGUGUAAACAGGUCGACAUAAACAAAUGUGAACAGAUUAAUUACGCAGAGAAUGUGGAAAUAAAACAGAAUGACGAACACGUUAAGGACAAACUCAUCUCAUAUCUGACUUUCACACGGAUUUCAAUUAAUGACAACGGCCUGUACCAAUGUCUUGUAAAAGGAUACAAGUCUCAGCAUAUCAGUCAUUUCAUAAACAUCUCAGUGUCAGAUCUAAACCAGGGGGUGGAAAACUAUGACAAUAAUGCAUAUGAGCUACCAAGACUUGCUGCUGGUGAUAAGGAUGUAUCCUGGCUGCCCUACUUCUUCAUCUGUGCUAGCAUAGCUCUUCUGGUAGCCACACUGACAGUUUCAACCCACCUGAGUUGUUAUUGCUGGAAACGAAUACUGACCUAUAACCAAUCAAAAAGACAGGAAAUGUCCACUCACAUGAUACCUGACCUACCCAAUGCGAAUGCUCCUUCCACUCCUGUCCUGUAUGACACCUAUUCUCAAAGUACAGCAGGAAGACCACCAUCACCAUCUCCCCUGAUGACCAAUGGGAACCAGCCUGCUGUGGCAAACACAGCAGACCAAAGUCAAGUGUCAGACCAUGCAGUGUAUGCUUUCUUCAACCACUGUAGGAUACCUGCCAGAGAACAACAUGCUGCGACUGAACAAAAUAAAAACACCGACUUUGCUGCCAUCAGUGUUUCCUGUACAUUUUAGAUUUGCCAUAGACACAUGCUGAUGAAAACAUGAAUGGAAAAAUGUACACAAGUAUGUGGUGGUGUCAUGGAACAGGCAAAGAAGUUACGCAAUCAACCACGCAGCAGAAGAUGUGAACGGAUGAGGAUUGUGGUCACGCAGAUGCACGUACAGCCAUAUUAAACUAACCAGGCUAGACCAGAAGCAGCAUUGAAGUAUUUUCGCACUCUCAAGUUUGUUUGAGGCAAUGUUGCUUUUAAUUAUUAAUUUCUCAUUGUUUUUUCAGUUGUUUUUCCCUCCAUUUAUUUCAUUUACAUGACUUAGAGUGCUUUUUUGACUGAUUAAAUUGUAUUGGCCAAAGCCUUGGUGGUUAGAAAAGCCAGUGGGUAAGUAGAUCGGUCAUGUGCAGACUCACUGAAUAAUUAUUGUGCAUUCUUCUGUCUGAUUUCAUAGUUUGAAUGCUGAA